GGUCUCUGAGAACGCUAUGGCGUAUGCGCCAUCUUGUAAAGUGUCUCUUCAAGGAAGAGCAGGGUCUUUCCUUCUGUUUUAGAGCGUGUGGGGGAUCCGCGAUGGGUGCAUAUAAGUAUAUGCAGGAACUAUAUCGCAAGAAGCAGAGCGAUGUGCUCCGCUUCUUGCUGCGUGUCAGAUGCUGGCAGUAUCGCCAGUUAACCAAGAUGCACCGCGCUCCUAGACCGUCUAGACCAGACAAGGCUCGUCGUAUGGGUUAUAAAGCCAAGCAGGGUUUUGUCAUCUUCAGAAUUCGCGUGCGUCGCGGUGGACGCAAGCGUCCAGUUCCUAAAGGUGCGACUUAUGGCAAGCCCAAGAGCCAUGGUGUCAACCAGUUAAAACCAACCAGGAAAUUGCAGUCAGUUGCCGAGGAACGUGUUGGUCGUCGUUGCGGUGGGCUGCGAGUUCUGAAUAGUUACUGGGUAGCUCAGGAUUCUUCAUACAAAUACUAUGAAGUUAUUUUGGUCGAUCCUGCCCAUAAGGCAAUUCGUAACGAUCCUAAAGUGAAUUGGAUAUGUAACGCGGUACACAAGCAUCGUGAGCUCCGUGGUAAGACCUCCGCUGGCAGAAGUUCACGCGGAUUAGGCAAAGGACAUCACUACUCACAAACGAUCGGUGGUUCGCGCCGUGCGGCCUGGAAGAGACGAAAUACGUUGUCUCUCCGCAGGAAACGAUAAUUAUUUGUUUGUAAUCUACACAAUACAAGAUACAUCAUUUUAUUGGUGCACGUUACGUUGUAUCAAUAUUGUGACGUAUCCUGUAAAAAAAUAAAUAUCUCUUUUUUAAAACUUAAGA